GCGACGGGAUUCGGAAUCUCGCCCUAAGUCAGCUGCGCGUGGGAGCGUGGUGCGUGGCCCCCGCGCGUGGAGCGUGGCGCGUGGCAGGGCAGCGCGCGGUCGUGCGGGUCCCAGCGCAGGCCGGGAUGUUCGUCCUGGUGGAGAUGGUGGACACUGUGCGGAUCCCCCCGUGGCAGUUUGAGAGGAAGCUCAACGACUCCAUUGCCGAGGAGCUGAACAAAAAGUUGGCCAACAAGGUCAUGUACAACGUUGGGCUUUGCAUCUGUCUGUUUGACAUCACCAAGCUGGAGGAUGCCUAUGUGUUCCCAGGGGACGGCGCAUCACACACGAAAGUCCAUUUUCGCUACGUGGUGUUCCAUCCCUUCCUGGAUGAGAUUCUGAUUGGCAAGAUCAAAGGCUGCAGCCCGGAGGGAGUACACGUCUCUCUAGGGUUCUUCGAUGACAUUCUCAUCCCCCCAGAGUCGCUGCAGCAGCCAGCCAAGUUCGACGAGGCAGAGCAGGUAUGGGUGUGGGAGUACGAGACAGAGGAAGGAGCGCACGACCUGUACAUGGACACCGGCGAGGAGAUCCGCUUCCGGGUGGUGGAUGAGAGCUUUGUGGACACGUCCCCCACGGGGCCCAGCUCGGCCGAGGCCAUGUCUUCCAGCGAGGAGCUGCCGAAGAAGGAGGCUCCAUACACGCUUGUGGGAUCCAUCAGUGAGCCAGGCCUGGGCCUUCUCUCCUGGUGGACCAGCAGCUAGCCCUGGGGCUCGACGGCGGACCUGGGCCAGUCCAGCAGACCCCACCCCAGCCCUGGGGAAGGUGGUGCAGCUGUCCAUGAGGACCACAGCCGCUUCCACAGAUGCCGAGGAGCAGAGCAUGUGCCCCAGCAGACUGUCCCCUCCUUGCCAUCCUGGCCCUGCUCCUGCUGGAGCCACCCCCGAAGUCCCAGUGUCCCUCCAGACUUCUGCCUCUCAGCGACAGCACAGACAUUGAAUAAAGGCAGCACCAGUCGGGAGGA